UUGUUAUGCUAAUCGAGAACGCGUCCUUAUACUCUCGCGAGACUUCCCCGAUGGUCGCGUAGCAGUAUGGCAGCCGCGGCGCUGAGGUCCUGUCGCAGAGGACUUUCCCAGAUUUUAAGUAAUGGAGGGCUCGCAGCUUUGUCGUCGAAGCGGUUACAAGUUCAACCAGGAGAGACAAGACACAAGUCCACGGUUCAAUAUGCUUCUCGACCAGAACUUCCAAAGCUGGCCUACAGGAGAGUGAAGGGGAAGAGCCCAGGUGUGCUCUUCCUCCCAGGAUAUGGCUCUAACAUGAAUGGACAGAAGGCAGAGGCCUUGGAAGAGUUCUGUAAGUCCCUAGGCCACUCAUACCUCAGGUUUGACUACACAGGACACGGGGCCUCAGAGGGGGUGUUAUCAGAAGGAACCAUUGGUACAUGGAAAAAAGAUGUCCUUUAUGUGUUGGACGAGUUAGCAGAGGGUCCACAGAUACUGGUUGGCUCUAGUAUAGGUGGCUGGCUCAUGCUGCUCGCAGCCAUUGCAAGACCAGAGAAGACUGCUGCACUAGUGGGCAUCUCCACAGCCGCUGAUCACCUUGUCACAUCGUUUAACUCACUUCCUCUUCAGGAACGUAAAGAGUUUGAGGACAAGGGGGAGUGGACAAUACCCACCAAACACUCAGAGGAGGGUUUUUACAAGUUUAGCAUGGACUUUCUCCACGAGGCAGAAAAUCACUGUGUGCUCCAGAGCCCCAUCCCCAUUACUUGUCCUGUACGGCUCAUCCAUGGGCUCAAGGAUGAGGACGUCCCCUGGCACAUCUCCAUGCAGGUUGCAGAGCGUGUCCUCAGUCCUGACGUAGAUGUCAUCCUUCGGCGACAUGGCCAGCAUCGUAUGUCUGAGAAGGAUGACAUCAAGCUCAUGGUCUACACAGUUGAUGAUCUCAUAGACAAGUUGACAACUUUGGUUUGAACGGGGGGUGGGAAGCUGCUGUAAGAAGUGGACAGUGAUUACUGAAAAGCCAACCCUCGGUAGCAUUACCAAACAAUGGCAUGUUCCUCUGCCAAAUAUUUUAUCUGUCUGCAUUUUUCCGUGCAUCAUGUCACAACAUGUUGUCCCUGUACAGCUCUAAAUAAGAGCUCUCCUGCCAGAGGCUCUCUUAUAUUUUCAGGUUGCAUUUAUGUGUUCCAAAAUUGUUAUGGAGUGUCGUUGGUCAACCAUUAUUAGCUCUACCACUGCUGCUGUUUAUGCCUCUCUCACUGUUAUUUCCCCUCUUCAUUUAGUCUGUCAGAUUUCCUGUGCCUUUUUUAUUCAAUAUUUAACCUUUUUGGCCAAUAAAACCUCUGCACACGCGA